AUGCCGCGCGAGAUAGUCUCUAUUCAGGUCGGCCAGUGCGGCAACCAGCUCGGCCUCAAGUGGUGGGAUGUCAUGAUGCAGGAACAAAAGGCCAACCCGCAGUACCCUGACGCCCGCGAUGCGCUUUUCAUUUCUGAGCCUGUUGGCAAAGAUGGAAGCGUGGCAUUAAAGGCACGUUGCGUUGCGAUUGACAUGGAGGAGGGCGUACUGCGCUCCAUGUUACGUGGACCUUUGCAGGGCCUCUUUGAUGCGACCUUUUUUGUCUCCGAUGUUAGCGGGGCGGGCAACAACUGGGCAGUAGGACACAUGGAGUACGGCGACAAAUACAUUGAUAGCAUCUCAGACUCUGUCCGGGGACAGGUUGAGUGCUGUGACAGUAUUCAGUCUUUCUUUGUGAUGCACUCACUGAGCGGUGGCACCGGUUCCGGUCUAGGCACGCGUGUGUUGGGGAUGUUGGAGGAGGAAUUUCCACACAUUUUUCGCAUCUGCCCUGUAGUGAUGCCGGGAGCUGUGGAUGAUGUGGUGACGGCACCAUACAACACCGCCUUCGCAGUCCGGGAACUCAUUGAGCACGCAGAUGCGGUGGUGCCAUUGGACAAUGAUGCACUUUCCCGCAUGGCAGACAGCGCACUUGGGCGAAAGUCCAUGCACAAUGCAGACGGGGAAAUAUUACGCGGGGGAGUGCCGGAUGUCCACACCUACAGUGUGGCCGAACCGACCAAGACAAAGUUGCCGUAUGACUCGAUGAACGCAGUUGUGGCACAGCUGCUGAGUAACUUGACCUGCGCGAUGCGGUUUCCUGGUCCCUUGAACAUGGACAUCAAUGAGAUUACGACGAAUCUUGUCCCUUAUCCACGCCUCUUAUUUUUGACAGCUGCUAUUGCUCCACUCAAUGUCGCGCGAUAUUCGGUAGCUGCCGGCCCGCGUUCUAUUGAUACGUUGCUUGCUUCCUGCUUGGAGAAGGACCACCAGUAUGUUGAUGUCUCUGGGGGCACGAAAUCCGCGCUUACGAAGGAUGCUGGCACCUGCUUGGCCACGGCUCUCAUUGCCCGCGGUCCGCAGAUCACAGUUGGUGACUUGGCCCGUAAUAUUCCACGUAUUCGUGAAAGACAAAAGUUGGUGUACUGGAACGAGGACGGAUUCAAGACGGCUCUCUGUAGUGUGAGUCCGUUGGGACACCGGGAUUCCGUGCUGAUGCUGGCCAAUCACACUUCCAUUGCUCAGAAAUUAGAGACAAUAUACGAGCGUUUUACGCGGUUGUAUAAUGUUCGUUCUCACGUACACCACUACGAACGAUUUCUUGAGUUAUCGUACUUUGAUGCCUCUGCAGAGAUUCUCUCGACGACGGUGGAUGAUUACAACUUCUUGAACACGGAGGAGCCCCCGACGGAUGUGCCGCAAAGCAUGCGGGAAUUGGUGUACUACUAG